ACGUUUUUUAAGCCUUGCAUGUCUACUUUAUUAGAAGAAAAAAAAUGUAUAACUCGUACAAUUGAAUCAAUAUUUGGAUAAAAUUCGCUUUGAACUUCAAAUAGUUGCCUUUUUUAUACCACAUUCUCAUUCCUCUCUGAAAAUUCUAGUUGUACGAUUUUUCCCUGAAAGCGUCGCCCAUCCACCUGGCUGCUGUGAUAUUGAGAGGUCAUACAUUUUCAAAAAACGAAGAAAUCAUAUUCUAGUUGACAUUUUUGCUAUUAGAAAAGGUCAGAAUGUCUUCAGAUCUUUCGCUCAACAUAAACAUCAAGGAACCAAGAUGGGACCAAGGCACAUUCAUGGGGCGUGCCCAGCACUUCUUCAUGGUCACCGACCCCAGAAAUGUUCUGCUGUCCUCUGAAACUCUGGAAGAAGCCCGAGUGAUCGUAGAGAACUACAGAUCUGGGGUUGUGAAGCCUGGCUUAACAGAGGAUGAGCUCUGGAGAGCCAAGUACGUUUACGACUCCGCCUUUCACCCAGACACCGGAGAGAAGAUGUUUGUGAUUGGCCGGAUGUCUGCUCAGGUGCCAAUGAACAUGACCAUCACAGGCUGCAUGCUUACCUUCUACAGGACGACUCCCGCGGUUGUUUUCUGGCAGUGGGUUAACCAGUCUUUCAAUGCCGUAGUCAACUAUACCAACCGCAGUGGCGAUGCCCCCAUGACGCUGAAUCAGCUGGGUGCUGCCUAUGUUAGUGCAACUUCUGGAGCUGUCGUCACCGCCCUGGGAUUGAAGUCUCUGGCCACGCGCCUCCCUCCAAUCGUUAGCAGGUUUGUCCCUUUUGCUGCUGUUGCUGCUGCAAACUGUAUCAACAUUCCCUUCAUGAGGCAGAGGGAGUUGAAGUACGGGAUCCCUGUGAUGGAUGAAAAUGGGAACCGGUUAGGGGAGUCUCCCAAUGCUGCCAAACAAGCCAUAGCGCAGGUGGUGGUGUCGAGGAUUGGAAUGGCAGUUCCUGCUAUGGCCAUCCCACCAGUUAUCAUGAACGCCCUGGAGAAAAGAGCUUUUCUGAAGCGAUUCCCAAUUCUAAACGCUCCCGUUCAGGUUGGCCUCGUCGGUUUGUGCCUGGUGUUUGCAACUCCUCUGUGCUGCGCCCUGUUCCCUCAGAAGAGCUCCAUGAGUGUGAGCGGGCUGGAGGCGGAUCUGCAGGAGCGGAUACGACAGUCAAGUCCUCAAACCACCACCGUCUACUUCAACAAGGGCCUGUAGAGGAGGGCAGCACUAACCAUGUAACACGUUUCUGAGCACAAAAAGGAGGACACAAUGAAAUGCUAGAGAAUCUCAAUGAUUUCUUUUUUUUUAAGGUUUUUGUUUAUGAGAAAAUUAAUUAGUUAUAAAAAUACCUCCUGAAGGGAGAAAAACAAUAUUUUUUUUGUCUUCCAAAGAUCAAAACUAUAUACAGUAUUCAGCUGCAGCUAUCAAUGCUGUUUAGUUAAAUUAUAUUUUAUAAAAUAUACACAGUAAAAAACAAGUAUCCCACAAAAGCACAAUGACAUCCAUGUAGUUUGAAUUAGGCUUUUAACUGGUUCUAAAGGUGAUCGACAGGUUGAUCAGUAGGGAUGGAACGAUUCAGUCAAUUCGAUUCACAGUUUAAAGUCACAAUUUCGAUUUUUUUUUUAUAACACAAUGUAAUUAAAGGUAUUUUAAGGCCAAAUUUGUUUUCUUUUUGCCCCUUACAUCAAACUGUUUUCCUACUA